AUGGAUGGGAGCCGAGAAAGAUACGAGGCUGAGAUGACAAAGAAGCUGGAUGCAUUCAAGACUGCAAAGGAGUGGUCUGACUUUAUUUCUCUGCUAAGCUCCCUAGAUAGCACCAUCAAAAAGUUCUCGUUACCGGAAAUUCCAAAGAAAAAGCUUUUGUUCAAAAGGCUGAACCAGUGUCUAAACCCAGUUCUUCCUGCAGGAAUACACAACAAGACUUUGGAGACAUACUCCUUGGUAUUUGAAAGGAUUUCAAAAGAGAAUUUUCUGAAGGAGUUUGACUUUCUGACGUUGGGACUCUUCACCUUUUCUGCACAUUGCAGGAUUCUUGUGAUCAAUUCCUUUCUAGACCUUAUAGAAAGAUACAUUGUUCCGCUGGGAAAGGACGUGGAGAUGUAUUGCACAAGCAUACUUAUUGGGCUUCUUCCGCCCAUGGAGUUUGAGUCUGGAGAGCACUAUGGCCGAGCACAUCUCAUAGUUACUGAAUUCAAGUCCUUGAUUUCUCCCGAUGUGUUUUAUUCUUCGAUGUGGAGCAUUCUUCUCAAUGACGAAAGGCUUAGAACAUCUGUUGUGAACUUUAUGCUGAGCAUGAGCUGGGAGGAGCCGAUGGUAUCCAACCCAAAGCUUGUUACAAGAGCGCUGUGCGGAGGGCUUGGAAGUGAAUCUACGCUAGUUGUGAGGAAUUGUUUGGACCUUUUGAUAUUUAUAUUUCCCGAUAAGGGCCACAUUCGUUCUGAGGACGAGUUAGAUGAUCUUACUGAAGCGGUGAUCAAGCUAUUUGUGAAGAGAGAUCUCUCGCUCAACAAGAGGAUAUAUGGAUGGCUAUGUAUGAUGGAUAGUUUCAGCGAGGCGGAUGUGGUCUUGCUGAGCAGAGUGCUUAAGAGGUUUUUGGACAGGAGAAGUGCUGAGGAUAUUCAGCUUUUCUUUAGAAUUAUGAUGACGUUACAAGACAAAGGGAAGCUUUGCGAGAAGAUUAUGGAAAAUCUCCUGUUUAAUGUUCUGAACUGCCUUCGGAGGUAUGAGAAAAGCGAUACAAAGGAAACAGCACAGCCCGAUGUCUUUGAAGAAAGGCAGUGCGAGAGCAUUGAUGUUGAGAAGAUUGCGAAGGCAUUUUUGACUACAGACCUGGAUUCUAUAUGGAAGAUAUUCUAUCUCCAGCUGAGAAAUGCCCUCAAUAAUGCUAAGGAAAAGAUGCUACUGGACACGAACCUAAUUGAUGAUGAAGAAUUAAAUGACAGUAUGAUGAGGGAGGAGAUGUACAGUAUGCAUUCGAUGUCAUUGAUUCUUAACGAAGGCCAGGAAUCUCUGGCAAGAGGCAACAGUGCUGACAGUCCUGAAGAUGGCAACUCAAUCGAGAAGGCUUGCCUAUCUGACAGAAGAGAUUCCUGCGAAGAUGUGGGAUCUGAGAAAGGAUGCCUAGCGAUAAGAGGGCCCGGAGAUGAAAGCCCCGGGAAUGCGGAGGACAUCAGCAGCCCGACGCAGGUUCUCAACUUCAUAAGAUUUGCGAUGGAUAAUUAUUCUGCAGUGGAUUCCGAGGUUUUCCAAUACCACCUUCCUUUUCUAGUCCACCUGGUUCUCUCUGAUUUUUUACUAUUUGACUCCCAGAUUCUUUUCUCUUUCCUAGACUUUAGCGCGAAGAUGAUGAAGUUCAAGGAGAGGCAGGUUGAGGGAGGGAAGAACCUACAGAGGCUUAUUGGGAAAUUCUAUCUCGAAGAGGAUACUAGUGUGCUGGAGGACAUUUCGUCGACGAUACUAUAUAGUAUUUCUGACAAGAUUGGAAGAGUUAUUGAGAGUGACGUCGGGCUAUCUCUACCCCUGAUGACCACCUUUAUCAAGAUCUAUGGGGUAGAUGCUCUUCCCAACGGUUUUAUUCAGAAUUACCACGGUCUUAUUAUGGGAUCUUCCAACAAGCUCAUAAAAGAGCACCUUGAGGUGUACAAAAUAAUAGACUGCACCCGGCUUGACUCUACGGCUAUGUUCAAUGUUUUAUGGAGAAGAUUCUGUCAUAUAGAGAUGGAUCUGUAUUUUGAGGGACUGAAGGAGCCUGGGACGGAUGAUGGAAUACAAAAGACGCCUGGGAAAAGUACUCACGACAUACCUAGAAGGAAUUCCACGAGCAGGUUUUUCAGUACUGGGAAAGGCCCUGAUCGCAGAAUGCUAACUGAGCUUUUGUGGAGAUACAACAUUAUUUUUGAGGGAAGCUUUGAAAGGCUCCUUCUGAGAAUGAUUGGAGAGAGAGAGAUGGAAGAGAUCAGCUACUUCCUUCUUCUCAAGCUCGAGAACUUCCCCGGGAACUUUGACUUUUUGGAGCUAUAUUAUAUCAUUAAUUGCAAGCUUGAUUCUGAUGACCCUGUGCUUGACACGUUUCUCUGCUCCUUGGUCUAUUUUGACGAUAUUUUCAAGUUUCUACUGAAGAAGCUAGAGGACUCUAAUAUCCAGGCGAAUGAUUUUCUUUUUGCUGAAUCCAUUGACCUCAACCAGAUAUUUGGUGUGUUCAAGUGCAUUAAGAAUCUCCUGAGAUACUCCAAGGGAUUCAAAUCCAUGCUUAUGGACUCUACAGAGAAACUGUAUUGCAGGGCUCUUCCAUUGGAGGGGGGUGUACCGCCUAGGGAGAUACUGUAUAAGAUACUUGUGCACCUGCUUGUGAACAGAAAGGAGUACGACGAAAGGGAUGCAAAUCUUGAGAUUGUUAAAGUUCUCGAAGCUCUUGUGGAAAGCGGGGUUUUGGAAAGCAACGUGAUGAACACAGUGGAGCUUUCAAAGGUUGUGGAUGUAGCAAAGGAGAACAGGGGGGACCCUGCGAUUGUUCUGGGGAUUGCGCCCUUGAUUAGGCAUAGCGGGAAUGGUACAGCAAUCCAGGAUGUGUGCAGCAUACUUGACAGCCGGUGCUUUUAUUAUCAUGAGCUCUUAGGGUUUGUCUUUUCACUAACCGACAGGCUCCAGAGGAAAGUGCUUUCGAAUGUGCUGUCUUCGUUGGAAAACGAGGACUUUGCGCUUAUGAUUGUUUACGAAACCAUAAUCAGCAUACUGGCUAAAAGAGGAGCAGAGGGAGAGCUUCCUGGGUUUAUAGACAAAAGCAUGAAGUUUAUUUUUGAGUUUUUUGAAAACCAAUACAUUGAUCCUGAUAAUGAGGAAGGAAGCAGGGAGAUAGGCAAGGUGGCCUGUACACCUCAAAAAGACAAUCAAGGGGAGAUUUUAUCCAUGAGAAGUGGCAUUGACCUGCUGGAAAUGAGAGAGGGAUGCGAUGUAAGGAUUCGGGCCUUGAAGUUAUUGACUGCAAAGAAACUGUCAGCCCUGUUCUACAAGAAGGUGCCGAUCAGGUUUGUUGAAAUGAUUCUUGGGAACCCACCGUGCAUCCCGUUUCUGAAGUCGGUUGACUUUAGGGAGCAGCUCUAUGUAUCUAUCAUGAAUCUCUAUUCGACGAAUGCUGUGAAGGUAUUCAGGUUUCUAACUGUGCUGAACCAAGUUAUGAGUCCUCAGGAGAUGAAGGGGGUUUUCAACAGGUCAAAAGGUCUUCUCGAAAAGAUCUCAUCCUACCGUGUUGGGGUCGACUACUCGCCUCUGAACUUUGUGCUUGACUUUCUCUUGUCUCCUGAUCUCAAGGAGGAUAGUCAGACUCUCAUUCAGACAGCCAUCCUGAACUCCAUAUAUUUUGUACAGAAGAGAUUGGAUCUGAAGAUAAGAAGCGCCGAAGGGGGAUACGAGGACGAGAUUAGAGUGCUUGAAAAGAUAACGGAUUUCAGAUUUCAGGGCGCAGUCCUCUCUGCAAUUCCAAGUCUGAUUACGGCGAUUCUCACCUUUAUCAACUCAAGCUGCAUCAACCUCAAGAACACUGGGAUUGACUUUCUCACAAAGCUGAACGAAAGAGGCCUUGAGGUGAGGUACUGGAAGAAAGAGUUUGUGGAGAUUUUCCACACGCUUGACUUCUUCACAUAUGGUUUAUACAAGAAGUCAAAUCUCAUGAAGAAGGUUGUGUCUGAAGACCCUUCCUUUAUUAACGAUCUUAUUGUCAGGCUAGACAGCGGAUUCUUUGUUUCGCAGGCUUCUGAUGCCAACAACAAGACCCUUGUGCUGAAGAGGAUCUCGUACAUCAUAUUUUCUGCGCCCUACAAUUACUUCUCAGGCUUCUCUCUGAAACUUAUUGAGAAGAUAGCAACGCUGAUAAACUAUCCUUCGUCAAAGGUCAGGAGGGAGGUGUUUUUUCUCUCAAAGAUGCUAAUCCUCAAAAUCUCGCACGACAAGCUGAUCAAUCUAUAUCCCAUUCUUUUGUAUGACAUUGGCAUAAUGGUCGAAAGCCCUGACUUCGAAGACAUGCUACUCCUUGCAGAAGUGCUGAAGUUGCUGGACAUUGUGUUUCUGUUGAAUACGCCACAGUUUUCUGAGGCCAGGGUUGUGUUUCUUGGGCCGAGAUGCAGCUCAUUGAUAGAAUGCAAAGGCCAGAUGUCUGGGUUAAAGGGUUUGGGGAAUUUGCUCAGUGCAAAGUACAAGAAGGAAAUGCCAAGCAAGAUUAGAAUGCCUCAGAAGAAGAUUCCAUUUUUUGUGACUGGAAAGGUGGGAGCUGACGAGAUGAUAGACUUCACAAAGAAUGCACUGCUGUACUACAACUGGAUUGACGAAAACUGCUCUGAGAUUGACUAUGAGUGCCUGUUCAGGUUGGUUUUGGAGGAGUUUAAGGAAGUGUCUGAAUAA